AUGCUCGACGACGAUGCAAGAACAGUAUCGCUUAGCGGUCUAAGCCUUGCCAUAUUCGUCGUCUCUCUUGUUUGCCUUGGCCUGUCUCUACUUUCCGUGGGCCUCAGAACGUACAUUAGAACUUUCGACAAUGUCUUCGGCUGGGAUGAUGGGCUGAUACUUGCGGGUGUAGUCAUAUACACCGUCGAUGUUGCGCUCGCAUGCCAUGGCACCACCGUCGGACUCGGGACAAAGGACGCGGAGAUCAAUAUGUGGCUGUCUGUGGAAGGAAAAAAGUAUCUCAUGCUGUGGAUGAUGGUAUACGUCAUUGGCCUGGCGACGAUCAAAAGUUCCAUCUGCGUCACGUUGUUUCGUGUGGCAGCCACGAACAGAGCGUACAAGAUCGCCAUCUACGCUCUUCUGGGCUUGACCAUCUCCACCUUUAUCGUCACUAUCGUUGGUAUACUUCUCCUUUGCAAGCCAGUCUCGGCAAAUUGGACCGGGCAAGGACAGUGCGCAGAAAUGAGCUCUAUGGUCGCGCUAUCCUAUACCUCGACGGCCUCAACCAUCGUCACCGACCUAUCACUGGCUAUCUUGCCCGGAAUAAUGGUUAUGGGAACACCCAUGAAGUUGCUCAAAAAACUGUCGGUGGUUGGGCUGUUAUCAUUCGGAUCUGUAGCCUCAUUGACCACAAUGGCGAGGGCACCAUUUAUUCAACAUUACUGGACACCGCUUGACAACCUGAACUACUGGACGGGUUACAUCGUCCUCCUUUCCAACGUCGAAAGCGCUAUCGGCUUGAUAGCAUCUUCCAUCCCUUCGAUCAACAAGUUCGUUUACAGGAAAACAACGCUUGCUCACAACCCUCCACCUGCGCCCAAACCUAACCGAAAAUCACUGGUCACCUUCGGGAGCGCACCGGUCCGACCCAAGGGGUCCAGCAAGAGAUUCCUGAACCCGACGGACCAAGGCACGAGUUUUGCGAGCGUUCAUGCGGGAGACUGGGCGCGGCUACAUGACAGGGACUCAGAUACCUCAGGAGAGGAGGUCGCCGGAAUCCGGGCUGAGUACACGUACCAAGUCGAACUGUCGAAAAUCGAUACGAGGUGA